AUUUUGUGAAUUUUAUUUUUUGUUUAUAUUUUCAAAUUUUUUAAUUGGAUCGAAUUUAUCUUAACAAUGGGGAAUUGUUAUAGUGCUAAAAAAAUUGUAAAAGACUCUCCGAUUUCAAUCUCAGAACUCGAUAAUUUGAAAUCCAACAAGCAUAUACAAAUAUCCGAAAAUCCACAACUUAGUUACAUGGAAGAUUGCAUGCUAGCAAAUAGAGAGGAUCAAUAUGGUGGGAAAAUUUAUUAUGGAUUUUUAUCACAACAGCGAAUUUUAUUAAAGUUGAUCGAUCCGAAAGAAAAGGAAUUAAUGGAAAGAGAAGAAGACAUGCUGUCAUUGUUAUCUCAUGAAAAUAUCGCAAGAAUUUUUUAUCCAUUGAGACUUACUGAAAAGGAUAUGUUUUAACGAUGGAGUUUGUUGGUAAAAAUAUAAAAGCAUUAAUUCCAAUUUUAAAUGACUUGGAAAAGAAAGUCAUCAUGUAUCAGUUGUCAUGUGUUGUGUUUUAUCUUCAAGAAAGACAAAUUGCACAUCUUGGAUUAUCUCCAAAUAGUGUUUAUGUCGUGGAACAUUCAGGAAAUUUUAUUGUAAAACUAAUCAACUUCCAGUAUGCUCUACGAUUUAAUAACGACUUUGAAGCUCUUGAGGCCGAAUAUUUUAUUGAUGGAUUUUCAUCACCAGAAGUUAUUCAAGAAUUUUCAGAAAAAAUUGCUUACUUGUCAUCAGACAUUUAUUCCCUUGGUUGUCUCUUUUUCUACAUCAUAUCCGGUGGGUUCCAAAUGAUACAAAUUAAAUAUUCGGGUCAGGAUGAAAAGAUUUAUACGAGACUGAAUAUGAUUAAAGAAGAUGAAACAUUUAAGAUCCUUUGCAAGGAUUUGAUUCAAAAAAUGUUAGUUUUUGAACAAGACAAGAGAAUUUGUCCUCAUUUAGUUAAAAAUCAUCCCUGUUUCUGGGAAGCGAAAAAAAUUACAGAAUUUUUUAUUGAUACUGGAAUUUCAAUUGAAAAGGAUGCCGAUUAUUUUGACUUCUUGACCAAAAAUGGACAACAUGUAAUUGGUUCAGAUUGGACUAAAAACCUUGAAAAAAUUGUUCUUAAAGUCAUUCGAGAAAUGCGACAAAAGACUAUAAAAAGUUUUUCAAAUAAUGAUAGCCACAAUUUUGAAAGUGCUGGAUACUUGGUAAAGAUAAUUCGGAACUCUUUGGUACAUCCAACUGAUGACAGAAUAGUUGACAUUAUGGGUACAACUAAGGAAGAUCAGGUAAACUAUUGGAAUAAAAAAUUCCCUUAUUUACUUUGUUAUUUGUAUCAUAGUAAAUUUCAGUAUGCUUAAUUC